AUGGCUCCCAGGAGUAGAUCUGGAUGCUUGACCUGCCGAUCACGAAAGCUCAAGUGUAGCGAGGAGAGACCCAUCUGCGCACAAUGUCUGAAAGCGAAUCGAGAAUGCAUCCCCAGUUCGGGAAUUACGUUUCGUCAUCAGCAAAACCCAUCGAUGAAUGGAGGCGACAAGGGUGACGGGAGCUUGAAGAGCUUCUACGGCUACAAAGAAACGUUCGACGAGAGAACGACCUGGGUGGCCAUUCCAAAGGACUUGACGUUCAUACACACGAGCAACCCUUACGAAGACGAGGAUGGAGAGGUCAUCCGUGAUGAUGCGCUAUUCAAUCAGACAUCAGAUUUCAACACCGGCCGAUUAGAAUCCGACUUCACAUUCAACCAGGCGUCAUAUCCUGCCUAUGCUACUCAUGGGCUCGAAGCCUUAAGUGCGGUCGCCAGCCAAGACCAGUACAGCUACGGCCCUACUCCACAGGCUUCUAUGGAAACCAAUCAAUCCACUGCCUCACUGCUUGCUCAGGCCGCGACAUCCAUUGCCUCUCCAGAAGCGACUGAUGCACCACCCCCGAAUCUGGAAGACAUGCUGGUUUCGACAUCACACGUACCUUCGGACGAGGCGAAUAUAGAUCCCCAGCUGCACUCACCCAAAGAAGAAAACCCGACGUCGCCUUUGCAGAUGCGAAUCCUAUGA